CCGCGACAUUCUGUCCGCGAUACGAUUCGGCGUGAACGUGUCGCGUCCUCCUCCGGGACCUCCACCGAAUCGCCCGUGUCCCGGUACGGCAAACCACCCCUCACGAAGGAAUCGAUGGUGAACGGAAGAGACUCCUGUGACACCGCACUCCGAAAUCAGAUGGUGAUCGGAUGGUGCAUGCGAGGGAUGUUGUUUAGGGGUUGCUCGUAAAAAAUAUCCCGAGAAAAUAAUCUAGUGAAUGAAAAAAUCCGAUCGCGGAGAUGGUUGUUGGAUUGUCCGGAACGUGGUGAACAAACUGACUUAUAAGAUGAAUCGUGGACAGUAAUUUAACAUUUUUUUUUUUUUUUUAAGAUUAAGGGGGUAGAUUCUUACUUGAGACCAUACCGGCAACUUGCGGAACGCGGAGCGGCACGAGAUGACAUUGUCACGAAUCGUCCUCGCGAACGAAUUCCGGUAUUUUCUGUGAGAUUCAGGUGAUACAAGUAAUCAGUGGCGGGCACACCGUAGUCCUUUCGCAGCGGUCUCCUACGUCGCCGAUUGCACUGGAGCCGCGCCAAAGGGAGUCGCGUUCGGGAUUGCCCCGCCGUUUCAGGUUCCGCGGUCACCACGUGGUCACUGCAACCUGACCACGACAUCGCCGCGACGUGCGGUUGAAUUUAGAGAGACAGAGGUAGAAACGAGUCUGCGGUCAGGGAAAAUUGACAGAUUGAAUUGUCGGCUGAUCGGCAGAAAUCGUCAGGUGCGGCGCCGCGGCGUGCCGUUUCGGUUCGAUCGAUGGAAUGAUCGACGUAAUACGGCCGAUCGUCACGAGUGCUGUUGCUACUGCUGCUCGACAAUCGAGUCGGCUCGAUGCGUCGUUAAGAGACACGCGACCGGCGAGAUAUCGGGAGGUGAUCGACAGGUGCGACCGCGCGAAAGCCGCAGUCACGUGGCCCGUGAUGAUGUAAGGUGACCUAAGAGGAACGGUGCUGCGGAGACGAAAUGACGCGCGACAGGAGGCUGCUGCUGCUGCUGGGCCUGCUGAUGGCUUACGGCCUCUUCGUGGUCGAGUGCCGGUACCAUCAGCGCGAGGACGCGACGACGACGGAGGCGAGACACCGACAUAGGCAUAGGCACGAGUCCUCGAAUCGAAGGGGCCAUCACGAGCUCGACGGUAGAAAAUCCUGGCAAGAGGUGGACUACGAGUACGACGGGGAUUCCGAGGACCCGAGCUACGAAGACGACUACGAGGUGCGAUCAUAUUACGAUCAUCCCCGAUCGCAUCAUCGAUCUGUGCAGAAGAGUUAUUACAACCGGAUGUUCGAGCCGCGCUAUCCGUUUAGGCAUCACGGCGACGGAUAUCACGCUGGAAGCGGCUGGUACGAUGAGAAUAACGACAGACGCAGAAUCCCAUCGUGGUAUAACACGAAGACUCACCACCGUUACAGGCCCGACAGAACUUACCAUAGGCCGGCGUACUCGCGUAAUCGCGACGUGUCGGACUUCGACGACGACACGGAGGAAAAUUACGACUAUGAGAGGCCGCACAGGUACGGCGGGGCAGAUAAGCAUUACGAGCGGUGGAAAAAUUCUAGGCGAUACGCGUCCUCCAGGAAAGACUGGAGAUACAGAACAAGCGGCUAUUACGGUGCGAAGAGACAUCGCAUGGAGGAUCGUGAGGACACCGCCGAACGUGGCGAUGUGACGAGAUGGAUGAACGACUGGAAGAGGACAAAUUCCUCGGACGCAAAAUAUCAUUUUUCGAAGGAAAAGGACGACCGAAAGACGGAAGAGGACGAAGAUUAUGAAGAUCACGGGGGGCUCGAGGAAGAUGACAAAGAUGAGAACGAGGACGAUAUCUGGAAGGAUAUCGACGACGAGAAAAACGAAGAUAACGAGGAGGAAGAGCUCGAUAAUGAUUUUUACAAAAACGAGACAAAGCCACCCUUGAAAACCUAUGACGAUAUCAUCAGAAGACUCACAUCCGACGACCCGACUACUCCGAGGGCCACCGUGAAAAGAGAUUACCGGAACACCGAAUCGAAUAAGCACGUGAAGCGCGACGGCCACAAGAAUCUCAAGUACGAGCCGAGAAACGUUUCUAGACCGGUGGAACUCGUCACGAGCGCGCCUCGUGUCGCCAGUACCACGUCCAAUUAUUUCGGAAAUAAGCGAACUGCGGAGAACUCGACCAUCAAAUCCGCCGGACAUAAACCCUCGAGGAACACGGUCGGUGAUGUGGUCAAGGGUCACAAUCGGGAGGAGGGCAAGACCGGCGAUACCCGGGUUAAGACUAAAAGCCUCGAGCAGGAUUACGACGAGUAUCUGAAUAAUCCGGAUAACGAAAAGGAAGAUGAUCUCGUCAAAGCUGGGAUUGAGGACGAUUCGCCUAUGCAGGCGGAUGUCACUAAUACGGAUUACACCGAUGACGACAACGGCGGGGAGGACGAGGUCGAUACCUUCACCACGCCGACUACUACCACAACCACUACGACGACAACUAAGACGACGGUGACGCCGAAGCCGUCGCUCGGGCAGCAGUACGAUUACAAGGACCCGAGAGCCUACAAUAGCGGCACCGGGGCGCAGUAUAACGGGUACCAAGCGAAAAACGACUAUCCGCCGAUGUCUGCUUACAGCGCUGAAAAGUGGCAGACGCUCGGCACUCACGAGGGCGUCAAAGAGACCAGAAGCAACAUGCAGCAGUACAACAAAAACGGAAAGAGUGCUGAACAGCAAGCGGCCGCUGAUUACGCUCGGAAAGUCCACAGGGAAGGCAGCUGCCAGUGGCCACGCGCGAGAGUCAUUCCGGUUGGUAACAUCUAUCCGAGCUCGUCGAUCACCUACAUUCCACACUGCGUCAUAUUGCACAGGUGCUCGGACGACACCGGAUGCUGCAGAUCGGACACGCUCACCUGUGUGCCGAAGCACUCUCAUCGCGUCGAGCUUUUCUUCUUCACCACGAACGUUGUUGUGGGUGGCAAAGUCGAGAAGCUAUCGUUCUACAAUCACACGGAAUGCGAAUGCAUAAAGAGAUCCAAGUACGACACGGAGAACGAGAGACCCGCGGACCAGAGAGUCGACCGGCAUCAGUCCUCGUUGCCUCCUCAAAAUAUGAAGAAAUCGCCAGCGAAAAAACCAUGUCGUUGCCCAUCUGAAUUCAAGCCGAGGAUCACGAUGGAAGGCAUUUGUCAAUGUGACUGCCACGAGAAUAAUGAAAAUUGCAUAAGGUUCAAACGCGGGAAGGGAUUCUUCUCCCUCGCGGACAGAGGAUGCAUCGACACGUACGUAUGUGCGGUACCUAACUGCGAGUUCGGUGAGUACAUCAAGAGAACUGGGAGGUGUCCGCGGAAGAGGGACACUUUCGACGCGAUGACGGACUACCACACGAAUAUCCAUCAUCAUCGAUUCAGAAGCUAGACGCACCCAGAGAUGGCAGCGGGUAAGCGAAGAGGACGAGAAUGACGAUCGCGUUGAGAUGCGAUCCUAGUGCCAAUGAAGAACGGAGAUAGCAUCGCGACGAAGCGCACGGGAAACCGAUGGUGCCAUUUUCUUUCUAUUUUGUUUUAAAUGCCUUCGUCAGAGAGAGAGAGAGAGAGAGAGAGAGAGAGAGAGAAAGAGAGAGAGACUCGCUACGUGUACAUGUGCGCAUAUAUUGUGUAUAAAAAAUGUACGUCGUUGUCUAGGCACGCGUAUAUAUCGUCGUCGCUUCUUUUUUUUUCUCUUUCUUGCCGCGAUCGGCGAGGAUACGAAGUGAUAAUGAUCGUCGACUUUCGGUACCGGUGAUCGUCUCGCGGAGGACAGUGAAAGUAUUUCGAUGUUUAAUUGAUUCAAUUAUAAUUUUAUAUGUAGCGUUCGAUGUUCACACGGUGGUUCUCUACCGCGCGAGAGAAAAUAAGUGUUGGAUGUUCAAUUAUAAGAUUUCGAGUCGUUAAGAUAAGAAGAUAACAUUCUAUAUAACUGAAGCGAUUUCUUCUAGGGUAGAGCGAUAUAUAUAGAUAUAUAUAUAUAUAUAUAUAUAUAUAUAUAAAUUAACGAUUGCACUACGAAAUUACCAGUGACGAGAUGCGAAGUGCUUCUAGUAAUAAUUUUCGUGGAGGGGAAGUGACUGCCUUCUUUGAGCAGGAAUUUCGUCGGCGAGAGGAACUCGCUGAAAAAAAAUCGCACGUAAUUAUAGACGUAGAUCUGAGGAGGGUGCGAUAACGUCUUUUAAGCUAAUGGUAAUUUUAUGCGAUAAGCGAUACCGCGAGUAUCAUAGUUUACGCUGAGAAGAAGACCUCGGACGCGAGCCUAGUCUGAGAUCCUGUUUCCGUUCUGCGCGAGAGAAUUUCUCGGUUCGUUGGAUCACGCAUGGUCGACCGAAUUUGGCGAGCCUGAAUCUUCCCCUACCUCUCCCCUCCCUCCCCCCCCCUGUCCCAAUAUCCUCUAAUUUCUACUUCUUCAAUUAGACUGUACGAAACGUAAUUAUGUAAUGUGCUCAUUAAAAUAACUUUUGCGCCGAAAUUUACGCGAUAGUGAUACGCGACGAGUAAGAAAUACCAAAGCACACGCGCGAAACGCAGAUAACGAGCGGUCGCGCAGAAUCGAAACAGAUCGUUAAUAAUGUAACCACAUUUUGUAUGUUACACGAUUACAGAAUUAUCUCUAUUGUAUUUAAUCGAAGCAUUGAUGUACGCCCCAUUUUCGUUAAUUUAAUAUUUAAUCAAUAAACAGAGCGAGGAAGAGAUAGAGAGAGGGGGGGGGGGAAAGGAGAGGACUGAUUGUGAGCUCUGUUCUUGCACCUCUGCACAGGUGAUAAUAACACGAGGAGGAUAUCCAUCCUAACGCUGCGAAACGGCGCAGCCGCGCGUUGUUUGUAACUUUGUAUUUUCUAUGUUAUUAAUAAAAACAGCAAAAUCACAAAGAACUACGGUAGACCAAUUGUGUACGUCGAAACGUAAAUGCGUGCUUGGACGAUGCGACUGUCGGCGAGAAAGUAGUCGUUGUAUUGUUAAUACCGUCGCUUCUUUACUACGUGACUAUAAUAUAAUCUGAGAAUAUAAAAUAUAAUACUAUAUGCGA